UUUUUCACACAGUCAGAACUUUUCUUGCCUCAUUUUAACUGUAACAAUCAAUUGAUUCACAUUAAUCAACAUUAUCCCAAUAAAUUGAUAUUAAACUUUAAUCAAACUCCGAAAUUUAAUAUCAGUCACUCUCUCUCUCUCUCUAUUUGUGUGUGUAAACAAUAUUAAUCAAUGAAUAUAACAUAUCACUUAUGCCUUUUGAUUGUAAAAAAAAAUCAUCGUAAAUACCCAAUGAUUAAUGCAAAAGUUUUAAUUGUUUCAAGUAAAUAAACAGAAAAAAAGAAGAGCCAACAAAUUACAAACAAUAGUAAUCAAAAAGUUAACAAUCAACACAAUUAACUCUCUUCACUUUAAUCAACUUGUUUACUCAAUUAUGCAUUUUGGUGACACUUUUUUCAAAUCUACUUAUUAAUUGUUGUUUUGUAUAUAUGAAAACAAAUCCUCAACUUUGUUGCUACAUUUGGAUUACAACCAUUACUAUUUAACCACAACAACAACAAUCAAGGACAAUCAAUAUUAUAUUAUUAUUAUUAUUAUUAUUACAACUUUACUAUGUUAUUGUUACAGUUACUUUUAUCAUCAUCAACCAAUCUUGAUUAUCAGAAUAAUCAAUUGAUUAAAAAUAAUGAUCCGGUGAUUAUUGUUUGGGUAAAAUGGUUUGCUCCAAUGUUAAUUACUCUAAUCUACUUUUAAUCAAAGUCAUGCCUAAUCAACAAGAUAACUGCCAAUUAGUAAAUCACCAUCAAGAUAUACCCUCAUCUCCAUCAAUUUCAUCAUCAUCACCAAUCAUUAUAACUAAUCACCAUUCAACUAAUCAUAUUGAUUGUAUCAAUUCUAAUUGUAAUAAAAGAGUUCAUUUUGAAAAUGAUCAGGCAAUUAUAUCAAUUCCAUUAAAUAAUCAAAGUUCUUGCUCAUGUAAUCAUUCAUCUUCUUCCUCAUCAUCACCUGGUUAUUGUCCAGGGAAUCAUCAUUAUCCUUUUCCUUAUCAUCAACAUCAUCAUCCAACUAAUCAACAACAUCAGCAACAACAACCAUCAUCAUCAUCUUCAUCAUCGUCACACCAUCUAACAAGUUUACUAUCAACAAGCUUCAAUGGACAACAACAAUUAACUGAUAAUGAUCAAGGUGAUGUCAAUGAUGAAAUUGAUAAGGUUAACAGUAAAGGUAGAGGUCAUUGUGGAAACAGUGGUCAAGGUGGUUUUGGUAAGGGGAAAGAUGAGGAUGAGGAAGGAGGUGAGACAGGGGAAGAUGAGGAAGAGGAAAUAUUAAUUGAUGAUAUUGAUUCCGCUUGUUUCAUUCAACUUGAUCCAAGUCUAUUAGUUUCAAAUCUUAAUUGUGAUAAUAAUGGUAAUGAAAAUGUUAACGAGUCAAAUGUUAAUCAUAAUUUAUUUAACUGUAAUGAACAAGGUAUCAUUAAAAUGCAUCAACUAAUCACCUCAUCAACAUCAUCAUCACCAUCACAAUCAACAACAACAAAAACUAAAGUUGCAACAAUGAUAAAACCAGAAACUAAUACAAUCCAAUCAACAAUUAAUUCAUCGGAAAUAACUAAAUCAUUGGAUAACCAUUGUUCAUAUAAACACAUUAUCAUUAACCCUUUAGAUGUUUGUUAUCAUCACCAUCAUCAAUUUGAUGAUAAUGAUCACAAUGAUGAACAUGAUAACAUUAAUGGUGAUGAUAAUCAUCACCAUCAACUUUAUUAUCAACAACAAUUUCAUCAUCUCGACACCAAUCAUGUUAAUCUUUUACCUUAUUUCAAUCAAACUGAUGGUUCUCAUAAUCAUAAUCAUAAUAAUCAUCAUCAUCAUCAUCGUCAUCAUCCUCUUGAGCAACAUUCCCAUGGAAACAAUCAUUUCCCUCCCUGUCAACAUCAUCACUUAAAUGAGCAACAUCUUCAUCACCAUAACCAUAAUCAUCAUCAAACACAACAAUUAAACUCAACUAAUGAAACGGAAACCGAUGACCAACCUUCAUCAUCACCAGGAUCAUUUACCCUGUUACCGGAAAAUAGUUUUGACCAUCCCCUUCCGAUUCAGGAUAAUAAUAAACUGACCACAGCAAUAACAGCACCUUUACCACCUACACCAUCGUCAAAAGUUGAUACAUUGUUACAACAAUCAACUAAUCACAUUACAAUUGAAUCUGAAAAUGUGCCAUCAACAAUUGAGUGUUUUAAUCAAUGUUGUGAUUGUUGUUUCGUUAAAUUGUUGGAUCCAAAUAUUAGUAUUGAGGGUAAUAGUAAUUCAGUGAAAGCAAGUAAUUUGUUAACAACUUCAUCAUCACCUCAAUGUCUUUCUCAUCAUCAUCAUCAUCAUCUACAACAACAUACAGAGAUUAUUACAUCUUCAUCACCUUCAAGCGUAUUAACUACAACCAAACCCACCACAACAUUAUCAUCAUCAUCAUCAUCCAGACAACCUUGUACUUUGUGUUUAUCCUCAUCUUUAACACUUCCCCAUCCAGGUAAACAUUACAACAACAACAACAACAACAAUCAGUAUCAUAAUCGACAACACAAUCAUUGUAAUCAACUGUCAUCCAUCAUUCCUUUAUCAACAUCGUCAACUUUACCCUCAAUUAAACAACGACCUAAUAUCCGAUUGAAUAAAAGUUCAAUAUCUAACCAUGAAUAUCACCAGAAUCCUCAUCAACAUGCUCGAUGUGACCAUUCCCAGUGUUCCAGUGUCAAAGUGAAAAGUUCAAGUGUUCACAUGAACAGUAAACUUGACCCACCCUAUCAACAUGAAAUCUUACCUGAUGAAAUAAGAAAAAAAUAUCCACCGGAAAAUAGUGACCUCAACAAUAACGAUAACGGUGUAACUUACCUGCCGAUCAUAAUUGUCUCAACUGUAUUAACCGUAUCAACGGUACUUCUUGUAAUUGCUUCAAUAUUUUUCAUCAAAUAUCUUCCGUUUCAAAAAAGUUCAUUCUAUCAUGAAGGGUCUCAUUGUUCUUGUGCCUUUGGUGGUCGCUGUAGUCCCGAUAGCUAUUCAGAUAACAUUGCAUCAAUAUGUCGCUGUGAUAACUUUCAAUGUGAUUCAACUCCCAUUGAGCCCAUUUGUGCAAACGAUAAUAAAACUUAUAACAAUUUAUGUCAACUUAAUUUAACUUCAUGUAAUCUUCAACUACCUUUGACCGUCCAAUAUAAAGGUACCUGUGAUAACGAUGAUUCCAAUAUUCUUACCAAUAACGUUGGAAACAAUUCUAAUAACAGUAACUGUGAUUUAAUCAAGUGUGAUAAUGGUACAAUCUGUGUUCAAGAAUCCCCUGAAUCCCCUGGAUCCUGUUCAUGUCCAACAUGUUCACAUCACUACGAACCCGUUUGUGCCUCUGAUGGUUUAUUUUAUACAAAUGAAUGUGUCCUCAGAAGGGAAUCUUGUAAAGAGGGUAUUCAAUUGAAGAUUGUCCAUUCAAAGGAAUGUGGAGGUUGUGAUAAUGUCCAUUGUCAAUUUUAUUCAAACUGUGAUAUCAAUGAAACUGGUCAAGUAUUAUGCCAAUGUCCAGUUAAUUGUACUCAGGAUGAUGAUCCUGUUUGUGGUAGCGAUGGAAACAAUUAUUCAAAUGAAUGCUCAUUACGGUUAACCUCUUGUCAGAAACGUCAAUACCUUACGGUCACCUCGAAGGGUCACUGUGACCUUUGCUCAAAUGUCCAUUGUAAAUAUGGUGCCCACUGUGAGAUCGGUUUCUGUGUUUGUCCAAAAGAUUGUCCAUCUUUCUAUGAGCCUGUUUGCUCAACGGAUGGUUACACUUAUACCAAUGAAUGUCAAAUGAGGUUAACUGCCUGUCAACGAAAGGUUGACCUUAGUGUUAAUUUUUUCGGUGAAUGUCAAGAUUCCCAGAUGAUUAUGAAUUUCGGAUCGACAUCAUUUGGUUAUAUUGAUACUUGUGAUCAGAAUACCUGUAGAUUUGGUGGUGUUUGUGAUUACGAUGCAACCGGAAUACCUCAUUGUAUUUGUUCAUAUUCGUGUCCAAUGAAGGAUGAAAAUCGUGAAAAUUAUGUCUGUGGUUCUGAUGGAAGACUUUAUGAGAAUGAAUGUAAACUCCAAGAGGAAGCUUGUCGUCGACAACAAGAGAUUGGAAUUGAAUCGAGAGACAAAUGUUAUGGUCAAAGUAUAUUGACGAUGUGCGAUGGAUCAUCUCCCCUGGUUAAUCCAUCAACGGGCUUAGAUUAUUAUUGUGGUGAUGAAUCGGGUUCCAAAUCUUGUCCCGUUUUCAGUUACUGCCAACGAGAUGGUUCCUAUGCAAAGUGUUGCCAAGACGUUGCCUUUAAGGUUCAUUGUAACACCACGACUUAUGGUUGUUGUGCCGAUGGACUAACACCCGCUUUAGGCCUGAAUCAGGCCGGUUGUCCGGAAAUUUGUAACUGUAAUAAACUGGGUUCCAAUUCAUUAACCUGUGAUCCGAAUUCCAAUCAAUGCCAAUGUAAAACGGGUGUAGGGGGAAUUCAGUGUGACCGAUGUAAACCAGGAUUCUGGGGACUUCAUAAAAUAUCUGAGGGAAACAAUGGAUGCAUACCCUGUUCAUGUAACAAGAGUGGGUCAGUUCGAGGUGAUUGUGAACAGAUGACCGGUCGAUGUGUAUGUAAACAAGGUUUACAGGGUAUCAAGUGUGACAUUUGUCCAGAAGACGCUGUCCUUUUAGGUCAAGGUUGUACCCAUGUUAACUUGACCAAACUGUUUACUGAAUCUUGUGAGACAAUCACCUGUUCCUAUGGGUCAAUAUGUGAACCAAUUAAUGAAAGUAAAGGGUCUCGAUGUGUUUGUACUAAUGUUACCUGUUCACCUGAGGAAAAAAGUUCUGGUAAAAUUUGCUCAACCGAUGGAACCAUUUUCCCAAAUGAAUGUCAACUCAAAUUGUAUUCAUGUCAAAUGCAAAAAACACUGACCAUUGCUCAUAAAGGACCUUGCAAAGGGUCAACUCUCAUUGAUGGAAAUGUAAACACCAAUAAUCAUGUUACAAUUGAUGAAACAAUUACACAGGGACCAUUGAGACGAUCAACAGUUUUCAAAGUAUCAUUGAUUGUCCCAACUACUACAAUUGGUGAUACCUUUAAAUCAAUUCGUCAAACAAUUAACCUAAACAAUUUAACAUCAUCUUCAUCAGAAUUACUCGCCGGUGGUAAAUCUUUUACCUCUUCAACUCCCAUUCCAAUCAAUUUAAACUCAGCCAAUUCAAUCAUCUUGAUUCCUGGAUUUUGGGUAACUCGUUUAUUGAAUUACCAAGACUUCAAGCUUACACCCGAUUAUCAAUUGAAAUGGAUUUCAUAACUUAUACUGAUUCAGCUAUACUACUUUAUAAUGGUCAAACUGUUUCAGGGGAAGGAGAUUUUAUCUCACUGACCAUUCGUAAAGGUUACAUUGAGUUUCGAUAUGAUCUUGGUUCUGGUAUGGUUAUUAUAAGAUCAAAGGAGACAAUUUCUAUUGGAUCUGUUGUCCAUUUAGUAGCGAAACGUUUCAUGAAAGAUGGUAUAUUGUCCAUUGAUGGUCAGUC